AUGAACAAUAUCAGUGAUAUUGUGUAUGAAAACGCAUCAUUCUAGAUGGUUUGUCAAAGUAAGCAUAGUCAUUUAGAUGUUACAUACUUCUUGUAUGUUAUCGAUGAUUAGUUGAUCUUGAGUCAAGAACUUAAUUCCUAAUAACCGAAAUAUGUUCUUCAAAUCAAUCUUUAGUCAAAAAUCUACUGGAACCAAGAUAAGCAAAAAAUAACACAAAUGGGGUUUGAAUAUAGAGAGGAGGUCAAGUAUUUCGAAGGAAACUGUGAGGAAUUUAAAUAGCUAAAGAAAUUACUAAGAAAUAAAGUAAUGUAUAAGGAUGUGAGUGAUUUCUAUCUGCCCAUGAAAUAAUUAGGGAGAGGAGGCUCUUCAAGAGUUUACUUGGUAAUGGAUAAAUGUGACAAACAAGAAUUUGCAUCCAAAAAUGUAGAGAAGAAAUAUCUAAAAGAAGAUGGAGGCUUUGAAGCGUUGUUUAAUGAAAUUAAUUUGAUGGCAGCACUUAAUCAUGAAUAUAUCGUAAAAUUGGAGGAGGUUUAUGAAGGAGAGACUACAUUUUAUAUCAUUUUAGAAUACUUAAAAGGUAGUUCCCUUCAUGAUUUGAUUUCCAAAGGAAUCAUAUAAUUGGGUUGGGAUGAAAUUAAGUCUAUCUUGUUUACAAUCUUAACUGCAGUGGCUCAAAUGCACUCUCUGAAUAUAAUGCAUAGAGAUUUAAAGCCAGAAAAUAUCAUGUUUAAGAAACCAAACGACAUAAAUGGAUUGAGGAUAGUAGAUUUUGGAUUAGCUACAUGGCAAACUGCCGCCACAUACCCUUUCCCUAAAUGUGGUACUCCUGGAUAUGUAGCACCAGAAAUAGCCAAUCUCAAAGAUCUAACAUGUAAAUAUGAUAAGAUUUGUGAUAUGUUCAGUGUUGGCUGUAUAUUCUAUAAACUAAUUACAUCCAAAGAUUUGUUUCCAGGGAAUGACUAUCAUGAAAUUCUCAAGUUGAACAAGAAAUGCAUUAUAAACUUAGAUACUCUCAGUCUCUACUCAACUCCUUAAUCAGCCAUGGAUUUAAUAUCUUAAAUGCUUUAGGCUUUGCCUCAAUAAAGAAUUUCAGCAUAAUAGGCUUUGAAUCAUCCAUUUUUUACAGGAUCAUUCAUCGAUAGAAAAAUGAAAUUCCAAUAAUCGAAAAAGCAACUCAACAAUAAUAGUAAACCUUGGUAAACAUCAACCUUCAAAACUGAAAAAUCUGAUAGACUUUAAUUACCAGAAAUCAAAUAAAAAUCUAAAUAAAAAGACGAUGAAAAUCCAGAAGAUGAUCCUUUGAGAGUUAGAGUUCCAACCUUAAAUAGUCCCAGAUUAGCAUAACAUGCAAAAAAAAAAAACUUGGCCCUAAAUGAGAAUUCACCAACUGAAUUUCCUAAGAAAAGCGCAUUUAAGAAAUUUGCAACUUAGGAUUUUGAUCCCUUAACACCUGAUACUCAAUCACCAGAUUCUGGAAGAUUGAAUUAUAGUAAUAGUCCUCGACUUAUUUAAUAAAGUGUAAUAAAAAGGAAAUUCACUUACUCGAAAUUCAAUUAAUAAAGAUAAUAAGCCAUAUAUGAGGUUGAUGACGAAUAGAAGCAUUGA